AUGGACCGGAUCACUCGAGUGCAUGCACAGCUGAGUGCUGCAACAACCGACGCCUCAAUUCGUGACGUGUUUGUGUCACCAAUACCUACUGACUGUCCACAGUCGAUCUACGACACGGUGCUCUCGCCAUCUGCGGUCGCUUUCGUGGCAGACUUGGCUGCUGCGUUUCACCACGAGGUCCAACAGCUGCACACGGAGAGCGUGGAGGCGCGACGUCUUGCAACAGAACGACAUGGCACAGAAAUGCCACAUUUUCUGCUGGGAAACUCGAUUGAUGCAAAAAGAUGA